UUUUUUGUUAAAUUAGAAGUGCUAUUGUAGACUAAUUUUAAUUGGCGUCUAAAGUUUUAGGAUAACACUGGAAGGAAAAUGUCCAGCCUCUGGGAUUUUGCUCUAUGUCCAAAUGCCUGAAAAAGAUGAAUUAAAGACCAACAGACAUUGCAAUCAUCUCUGAUAUUUGCUAAAUAAAGUACUGCUCUUGGAAGAACUGCAGAGUUUUAAGGAAAUACAAGAACUCUUGAAGCCAUCUCUGACAAUGUGCACUCUUUUCUGGUGUUCCAAAGCCCUGUUUCUACUGAUGUUUUGCAGGUUAAUGAAAAUGUCCACAGCUGAAGGAAAAGGUGAAAUUCUUCCUCCAACUAUACAGAAAAUAAUGAAGGGAUACAACAAGUACCUACGUCCAUUUUUUGAUAACGGUCCUGUCUCAAUAGGAAUGAGUAUGGAUAUAGCAAGCAUUGAUACAAUAUCAGAAAUAAACAUGGAUUACACAGCUACCAUAUUUCUUAGACAACGAUGGACUGAUGAACGACUUUGUUUUCAGGGUAAUAAGAGUUUAAGCUUAGAUGGUCGUCUUGUAGAAAUGCUUUGGGUACCAGACACCUUCAUAGUAGACUCAAAGAAAUCUUUUCUUCAUGAUAUCACUGUUGAAAAUCGUCUAAUAAGAAUAUAUCCCAAUGGAACAGUCCUUUAUGCCAUACGGAUAACUGCAACUGUUGCAUGUAGUAUGGAUUUGACCAAAUACCCUAUGGACAAGCAGACAUGUACCUUGCAACUGGAAAGCUGGGGCUAUAAUAUCAAUGAUGUCCAGUUUUACUGGACCAGAGGAAAUGAUUCAGUUCGAGGCUUGGAGACACUCCGGUUGGCACAAUAUACAGUAGAAGAUCAUUUUACUUCAGUAUCUGAAGCACUCUAUGAAACAGGACGCUAUCCAAAGUUAGUAUUCCAUUUUGACCUCAAGAGGAACAUCUUGUAUUUCAUACUAGAGACAUACGUACCAUCCAUCUUGCUAGUUGUACUCUCCUGGGUAUCAUUCUGGAUAAGCCAAUCAUCAGUUCCUGCCAGAAUCUGUAUAGGUGUCACAACAGUGCUUACCAUGACCACUCUCAUGAUGGGAGCCAGGACUUCACUUCCUAAUGCUAAUUGCUUCAUAAAGGCAAUUGAUGUAUACCUUGGUAUUUGUUUUAGUUUCAUCUUUGGGGCUUUGCUGGAGUAUGCUGUGGCUCAUUUCUGCACUCUUCAUCGUUCCAAUUUGAGGGUACACACAAAGGAUGAGGAUGAAGAGGUUGAAGAAGAGAUUAAUGGAGUACUGGCAACAAUUGCAAACAGUUGUAAUGUCUCUGACAAGAUUAACAAGGUUGAUUCAAAGCAAAACAUCAAUACCAGCAGUAACAGAAAAGAGGAGAAAAGUAAACACAGUGGGUGUAGUUCACCAAUGACAGUGAUGAAAAGACUCUUCUGUAUCUCUGACUGUUUCUAUGUUAAAAACCCAUACCACAUAGACAACUAUGCCAGACUCUCUUUCCCAUUAUCAUUUAUCAUAAUAAAUGUAUUUUACUGGGUGUAUUAUUUGUAUUUCUAAGUAUUUUAAACUAUAAAACUGUCAUGUAAAUGAAGGUAAGACAUAAUGAGUACAGUUGGGAAAGUUGCAUUGGUUUUGUCAAAAUAACAUUUUUAUUUUACAAUGCAGUAUGGUUAGGGCCCUACCAAAUUCAUGGUCAUAAAAAUG